GCCCUUUCCGUUCUUUCGCUCUCCGCUGUGGCGAGUGCCCAUGGCCACGUUGCAACCAUCAUCGCCGACGGAGUGGAGUACCCCGGCGCAGUUCCCGGCAAUGUACCGCCCGAGUCUGUCGGCUGGACCGCCUCAAAUCUGGACAACGGCUUCGUGGCGCCAGACGCCUUUUCGAGCCCCGAUAUCAUCUGCCACAAAGAAGCCACAGCGGCGACGGCAUAUGCGACCGUCGCGGCUGGCGGAACGGUCACGCUGGUGUGGAAUACCUGGCCCGACUCCCACCACGGCCCAGUCAUCGAUUACCUGGCCGCAUGCAACGGCGAGUGUUCAUCCGUCGACAAGACCUCGUUGUCGUUUGCGAAGAUUGACGAAGACGGCCUGAUCUCGGGAUCCAACCCGGGCAACUGGGCCACCGACGACCUCAUCGCCAAUGGAAAUUCCUGGACCGUCACCAUUCCCAGCAGCGUCGCCCCGGGAAACUACGUCCUCCGACACGAGAUCAUCGCGCUCCACUCUGCGGGCCAGCCGAACGGUGCCCAGGCCUACCCGCAGUGCAUCAACUUGGAGGUCACCGGCUCCGGGUCCGCGGUUCCGUCCGGCGAACCCGCCACCUCUUUCUACACCCCGGAGGAUCCGGGCAUUCUGUUCAAUCUUUACGAGCCAGAUCUUCAAUAUACCAUCCCUGGUCCUGCGCUGUGGCAAGGAUAAAUCAGGGGCGAGAAUGGGGGAUCGAAUUUGAGAAGGAUGGUCAGGCAGACGCGGAGGACAUGGAUAUGAUUGGUGAUAUCAAGAGAAUCGAGGCUCGUUUG